GGUGCCGGUGCCCCCCGGGGCUGUUCCUGCAGGCGGGGGGGUGCGUGGGGGCCGGGGGGUGUCGGUGUCACCUCCCCGGGGGACAGCGGGGACCCGGCGAGGCCUUCGCCUGGGGCUGCCGCCGGUGCGUGUGCCAGGCCGGGACGGUGACGUGCCAGGACGUGGCCUGCGCCGUGGCCUGCGGCUGGUCGGCCUGGUCGCCGUGGACCCCCUGCCGCGGCGGCUGCGGCGCGGGCACGCAGGAGAGGUUCAGGUCACCCACCAACCCGGCGGCGGCCGGCGGCGGAGCCCCCUGUGCCGGGGCGGCCCGGGAGACGCGGGAGUGCCACCAGCCCUGCGACACCGAGCCCGGCUGGGGCGCCUGGACGGCGUGGGCCGCCUGUUCGGCUAGCUGCGGCGCGGGGGAGCAGAGCCGGCGUCGCCACUGUGCCAGCCCGGCCCGCGGCGCCCGCAACUGCACCGGGCCCCACCUCCAGACCCGCCACUGCAGCACCCAGCCCUGCCGAGCGCGGUGCCCGUCGGCCAUGGUUUACCGGACGGCGGAGGAAUGCCUUGAGGCCGGGGGGCCUUGCCCGCGGCUGUGCCGGGACCGCGAGGCGGGCGCGGAGUGUGCCAGCCUGUGCCGCGCCGGCUGCGCCUGCCCGCCGGGGCUGCUGCUGCACAACGGCACCUGCCUGGCACCCCACCGCUGCCCCUGCCACCACCGCGGCCGCCUCUACCAGCCCGGGGACGCCGUGGCCCUCGACGCCUGCAAUAACUGGUGGGGUGACGGCGUCGCCGGCGCCACCCGCCCCCGGGUGUCCCCCCCCCAGCCGCCCCCCGUCCCCCUCACCCGCCCCGUCUCUGGCAGCACCUGCAGCGCCGGGGCCAUGGUGUGCGGCAACGAGACCUGCCCAG